AUGGUCUUGCCUAGCUCGAUUGUCAGUGACAGGAACCCCACAUUUACAAGAGAUAAACCUAAGGAAUGGUCAAAAAGGUUACCAAUGAGUGAAUGGUGGUAUAACAUGAAUUGGCAUGCAUCUACAAAAAGUACUUCAUUCGAAGCAGUUUAUGGGUACCCACCUCUACCAUUGUUGCCACAUUCCCCUGGUACAACCUCUGUCCAAGCUGUUGAAGAGGCUCUGAGAUCUCGAGAUCAUAUUGUCCAACUUUUCCAAGAGAACCUACAUGAAGCAUAUGAAAGGAUGAAACGUUUCGGUCCUUACAAGAUCUUGGAGCUAAUUGGUAAUGUUGCCUACCGAUUAGAACUUCCUCCUGGAACGCUAAUCCAUUCGGUAUUUCAUGUAUCAUGUUUGAAUAAAAAACUAGGGAACCAGAAUGUGCAAGUUUCUACCAUACCUCUAGUGGCUGAAGAUGGUAGAUUGAGAGCUGAACUUGAACAAGUCUUGGAGCGGUGCAUGAAGAAGAAGGGACACAGAGUUGUGACGGAACUUCUUGUCAAAUGGCAGGGGUUAGGGUUUGAAGAUGUUUCGUGA